UCGUGUUAAAAUUUUUGAUUCUUUCAAGCCAGCGUUCUGACGAAUAAAAGUUUUUCAAAAAAACUUUUGAAUUUUUUUGGAAUUUUAAAUGUUUACGGUAAAAACUGAUGGUCUCAUGCUAGUAACAAAAAAAAUUCAAGACUUGUCGUCAAGUCCUCUCAAUCAUCCAAGAGUAAAUGGCCUACUUGGUGUUGCAAGUGAAAAGACAAUCGAUGACUGCAGGAUUCAUAGAUUUAACAUAGAUUUAUUCAGAUCUGAUGAUCAAAAAUGCCCAGAAUAUAACUAUCAAACACUUUUAAAACAGGUGAAUAAACAGCAUAGUUCUGAAACUUCAAUUGGAUUGGAUAAUGACGAGACUGAUGAACUAAAAGCAUUAGCUAAGAAAUUUGAAGAUAAAUAUGGUGGUCCUUCUAAAAAGAGUAACAAAAAGAAGAAAGUUGAUGAUUUCAUUGAUAUUGGUUAUGGAUACGAUGAAGAUGAUACAUUUAUUGAUAAUUCAGAAGCUUAUGACGAAGUGGUACCAUCUGAUUGGACAACUGAGUAUGGUGGAUUUUAUGUGAACCAAGGAAAUCUUGAUUAUCGACCACUAUCCAUAGAAAAGGAUGCCAAUAAAAGUAUCCAGCUGUCUGCAAAAAAGAAGAAGAAAAAGAAAAUAGUGGAUGAAAAAAAAUUAUCAAAAACGCCCAAGGAAUUGAGCACCCAUAAAAAGAAAAAACAAUUUCUCAACAAAGAAAAGCAGAGGAAACGGCAAGAGUCCUUGUUAAAGGCACAAAAAAUCCUCAGUAAAAAGAAUAAGAAGAAGAACAGCAUUAUUAUUGACGAUUCUUCUCAAGAUGGUCUUCCCUUAGCCCAAUUAAACAAAUCAUAUGAGGACGAUGUGCCACUAUCUAAAAUACGGAAAUCAUCGAACGAUGAAACCAUAAAAACUGAAAAAUAUUCUCCAGUGGAUGAUAAUGUACCUUUGGCAAAGAUUAUUACUACUUUUGCUCCAAGUAAUACCAAUGCUAUUUUAGCUGGUAAACCACCGAUCAGCAGCACAGCAACAGGAAGUGUCACUCCUGUUUUGACACCUUCCACCGUUGGUUCCACUGGAACAAUAAGUACACCUGUCGAAAGCACGAAAACAACACCAGUGAAAGUUGAGUCACCAUUACCAGAGGGAUUGUCAGAUGACCUUCUAACUGAUAUUAACCAGCUUAAACAGUUCUCAGAAGUUUCAGUGAAAGGGAAAUUCUUUAACACAGAGGUUAAUAAAGUAUUACUAAGCUUUGCAAGGAAGUGCAGGAAACAGUCACCAAAACUUAGAAAUGCAGUGUAUGAUCACAUCCUCUUUUAUCUUCCCUGCGCUAAAGACACGUUAGUUAAACGUUGUCGGACGUUGGUUGUUCAGCAUCAAAGAGACCUUGAAGAUGAGCCAAUGAGGUUGCUGAAACAAGAAAUUGAUGCUUCGAUGCCUGAUCAAAAGAAAGCAUACGAUGAUGAAGUAGCAAAAGCUUUGCAAGAACAAGCGCGGGAACAAAUCAAGCAAACAGGAGUUGACCCAACGAAGUCUGGUGACGAGACUGCUGUCAACAGUGAAGACAAAAACAAGAAAAAUUUUCCAAAAAGAAAAUAUGCUUGGUCUGAUGAAGUGCGAAAACUUCUUUGUGACGUCAUAUCAGUGCGAGUGGGUCUGUUUAAAAUGUCAAAAUCGAAAAGUAUGACGGCAGAAGAAUAUAUUAAGGACUUCCUGGAGUCGGAAAUUCGAAAAAUGUGGCCAAAGGGUUGGAUGACGAGCAGAAUUUUGUAUCGUGAAAGUCGAGCUGCUCAUCAAGAAAUUACCCUGCCAUUAAUAAAAGGCAAAAAAGCUGGGAAGAAAACAAGUGACGACAUUAGCGACUCAAACAAAACCGUCCCACUGGUUACGCAAGUUUUCACGUCGACAAAAGAGUCAGCCACGUCACAAACACUUGUUAACACCCCGUCUGUAUUUACCAACAUAAAAUAUAGUACACCAACAUCGAUUCCUCUGAUAGCGACUGGCUCUGCUAAAGUUACACAAACGGGUGUCAAGAAAGAACUGGCUGCGACUCGUUUCGUAAAUACAUCUGUGUACGCAAUGAUCAACAAAAGUUCGCUACCCUCGGUAAGCAAAGCGAACAGUCAAGCUUUUGCGACACCUGGUACAGACAUCGUUACUUGUCUUCCACAAAAUUUAAAGAUCGUAUCACGUUCAUCGCCACUUAACAGCGCCAACACUAAGUUUAUCACAACGAUGGAUGCUUUUUUAAGCGCACAUUCAAAACAGAAGGUAAAACCAACACUAGUUAAAGUGCAUACUCCGAACAAUCUAACAAAACCCACCAGCUCUGCUAAUGUUGCUAUAGAUACAUCUACGACCCAGAAAACGCCACUUAAUACGCCAACUUCAUUACUGCAACCUUCGCCGAAAGUUUCUCCCUUUCUAAACACGCCUACGUUUCUUGAUAAGCAGAAGGUUGAUCAUUUUAUUAAAAAUGUCAAAAUACAGAGCUCAAAAGCUGUCAAACGUAAAACGCCAAAUAAUGCUGAGCUUUCUACUGCAUCAAAAAGACCUGUAGCUAGUGUGUUGGAUUAUGCUUUGUCGCCACCGAAAUCAGUUGAAGAAAGAUCGUGGUCUGAGAUGGAAAAUGAUUUGGUAAGAAUAUCUCAUCAAGCCUCUAUAAACAGAUUCUCUAAAGAAAAUAUAACAGAGCUGAUUACUGCGCAGCCUUCAAGCACCGGUAAACUCCAAUGCGCCCAGCAAAAAAAAUGGCAACCUUCCAACCAGUACAUUAGUACACCGGUAAUGCACCAGUCCUCGUCGAACAAAAAUACUGCACGUAUUACACAUUCUCCAAACCCAAUUGUAAACAAAACCCCGUCGAGUAGUUCGAUGAAUAGCACUAAUGGAAAUCCGUCAUUGUUUGUACCAAGAACUUCGCCUGUUCAUCAGCACAUACAUCAAGUGCAGCGAAACUCUCCACCGAGACCUAGUUUACAUCACGUACCGCGUGUCGCUUUAUCGCACCAUACUGUGUCGCAUGAACCAUCACCUAAGUACACAACAAUGCAACAGCCGCUUAUGCAUCCAUCUCCAAACAAGUCUCCGAAUCAACAGGCAAGAGCUGUGUCUACAACGCCUAUGCAAUCUUAUUUGCGUAAUCCUCAAUCAUCUGCUCAUACUGAGAAGAAGACAUUGGACUUUUAUGUGCCACAACAUCCAGCUGCAAGGUUACACCAAGCAAAUGAAAGCGAUGCUCGCCAAUUUUCAGCAAGGUUUAUUCAAGGCAACCAAAUAGAACAACAACCAGGCCUACAUACUUCUUCCCAUUCCACAUCAAACCUUCAUAGCAUACACCCAAGUAUUAAACUCAUGGAAGGACUUAGCAGGUCAUCUUUAGUAAGUGCUAGUGGCAAUAAUACUGUGCUCGAUCAUCAUGCUCUUCAUCCAGCGCAUGCACUUCAUGGCAACCAGAACAGAGUAGGGGGCUUUUCAACUGGUAUGACGGGACUUGUUGAGCAGCAUCAGCAGAGGUUGACCGUGGAGCAGCAAAUUGAUCUACUGCAGCAGGAAGCUCUUAAAAGAAGUGAAGUUACCGAACAGAAAAGAUAUAACUUUGGACAACAUUUUUCAUAGCUAGAAUAACAAACCUUUUAUUUAUUGUGAUUAGAAGUAAUAUUUAUAAGUUUAGGUCGCUUCCUAUUGGUCGUUUUUGGCCACAGCUCACACGGGUGGUUAGUAUCUGGGCAUGCGCAUUGGAUUUUUUCUAGCUAAAACGUUUCUAAUUUUGCAGUUUUGAAAGUUAAGGCAAGUCAACUUCCAAGCGUUUGCAGGCGGACAACUUUUUUAACAAUCAAUGAAAAUUACAGAAACGCUACCAUUUUUUUGAAAUUGAGCAUAAUGGUUGCGACGCGCUGUGAGCUGCGGUAAUGAUGCUUUUAUUUGAAAGCAGCCUUCACUCUCGACAAUAGUAUUUUUUCUGCAUCGUCGUGCAAAUCUCUUGUAAGUUUGACGAUUAGAAAGGCUACACAGGACGUCCCUAAAAGGAAUCACCGUCUUUCUUCAACACAAAGUAAAUUUUUCGGCCUUCUUUUGUCUCAUCUCUUUUUCGAGGUACUCUUUGAAAAAUCACAUUUUUGAACAAUAAGAUUUUUUUUAAAAUUUUUAAAAAUAAAUUGUCAGUUUUGAAGUACAAUGCAAAAGUUUUCUUAAAUGUCUAACAAUUUUUUAGCCAUUUCGCCAUUAAUCUGACAAGAUGCGUUUCAGAAAUUGAUUUACGCGUACUAAUCACUUAUAUUUAUUGAGUAAACAGCUAACAUUUUCCUUUAAUCGGAAUAUUGGUGAUUCGUUUAAGACUGUUUUUCUAAAUAAUAUUGUUCAAAUAAUUUUUUACACUUUAUCACGUUGUAUAUUUUUCCCGUUCUGUGAUACGUUCAAUAAAUAAUAAUGAUGAAAUUUAACAAAUAAAUUUUGUAACUGUUGAA